UUUUAGAGUGUUGUGUUAUCAAACUUUUUCUGACACUGCCGGGAUUCUGAUGAAUUUCUUGUUUAUUUCAGCGUUUUACGUCCUUCCAGAAUGACAGCAAGGUACUAGCUGCAAUCUUAGUUCAAGUAGAAGUCCUUCUGAUACAUUGAAAUAAAACAAUCAAGUAACUUACAAAUGUUUCGGAAAAGAGCAAGAAAUGCGGAUGAGGACUGUGAUGAUUGUAUGCCUAUAUCAAAGAGAAUCAAUAGGCUACAGAUUGGACCAGAAAGUGAAGGCAGUUUUCAGCAACAGGACGCUGCGAUGCAGGAUGCAGGUGGAAAUGAUCAACAAAAGGCAAUGUCCUCUUGGCAACAAACAACAAAUAACAACUAUCUACCGUCAGAAAUGAGAGAGGGACAACAAGGUCGACCUGAUGUAAACAAUCCUAGCACAUCAGGAGUAAACCCCGGGCCGAGUUACGAAAUGUUCAAUUCAGGUGCUGGUGUGAUGAAUGCCCCGUUGCCUGUUCUGGAGCAAAAUGGGGGGAACUGUGAUAUCGUUUGUGAAAACUAUGAACCAGAACUUGAUAAAAAUGACAAUCCGCACUACUUUGCUGUAAAUGAGGUGCUAUUUAAUGCCCAUUCAUCACGGUUAAAGAGACAGCGUACUGGCAUGAAUCGUAGUUUUCCAAAUAGUUGAGCUGAGGUUGGUUGUUACUGCAACUUGAAGGUUGGUCAGUUUGACCUCUGCUAACUUAACUGCCAAAGCCAAGCAACACUAUACUUUAUGCCACUGAUGAGAGAAUAGUCACUCUUUUGUCAUGUAUUUCUUUUUACAUAUUAGUUGAAUGAGGUACUAGAUUGCCUACAUGUAUGCUAGAUUUUAUGUAGCAGUGGUGUAGUCUAAUCUCAAGAUGCUAAAUGAUAUUGUUUGUGUUUGCUCUGUGGUAAAGGUAGACCCCUACAAGAAGAGGCUUGGUAAGUCACAAGUAUGCAACACUGAAAAUGCUCAUGUUUGCUCUGUGGUAAAGGUAGACCCCUACAAGAAGAGGCUUGGUAAGUCACAAGUAUGCAACACUGAAAAUGCUCAAUGUCAAAAUGAUUCAUAAAGAUAAUUAGUUGUGUCAUUGAUACAUGUAAUUAAUGGCAAUAAAGGGGUCGUGCUACAUUGUAACCCCAACCGUAAUUGUCUGAGGUUCGGGAAUAUGUAAUUGAGAAACUGAAAUAUGUAGAAUCGGGAAUAUGGGAAAAGAAAUAUGUAACUAGAUACAAGUUUAGUACUUAGUAGGGAAAUGUGCUAGCAGCUGUAGUUAAAUUAUUUGAAAUCGUUUAUCUUUGCCACUCAUUUCAUUAUUAAAAAUUCAGUCCGUGUCCUGGUGUUGAAGGGUUAUCAAGAAUUUGAGAUGUGCAGGACCCCACUGUUCAUGCAUGCAGGGAAAACAUAUUUUAUUUGAUUGCAGCAGGUUAUCGUAAAAUAGAGAAGAAUACUCUUUUCGUUUGCAUAUUAAAGCGAUAAGGUCGGCCAGGAUUGUUUAUUUCAUGAAUAAAUAGGUCCAAGGAAUAGUAGGCCUGGUGUGACAAAUGAACCAGUUGAACUUUAGCAGUAUGGCUUUAAUUUGAUGUUCUCAAACACAUUGGUGACAAUGUUCCAUUUUCAUUAUAGAUUAUGCAUUUGCCUCCAUGACGAGUAAGGUUUUGGUGAGAUGAGCAAAACAUCUUGGUUUUAAAAUGUGUUGAAAGCAGAUUCUUGGUAUAUAAUGCCUUAAAUAUAUCAAGUUUGAGGUGUUUUGUGAGACAACCAUUACAUGUACCUCCACAUGCCUUGGGUAAUAAUUUCUUAAACAUGUUAUGGUGAAUAUGAUCUGAUAUUUGGAAUAUCCGAGUUUCAUGUAUGGGAUUGAAGUGAUGAAUCGUCAUUUUGUAAUGAUUUGUUGCAUAACUAUUACUCUCGUAUUGAAGUUGAAGUUAAUAUAUUAUUUAUUGGAGCAAAA